AACGAGAAAGAGUUUAAAAACUGCGAAGAAAUUGAAUCCAACUGUUCAGAAGCUAAUGGCAAUGAGAAUGAAGACGAAAUGGACAACCUUUUUAAACUUUCAGUCCUGUUCGUGCGCGGAAAUCCUUUCGAUAGUCUAAAACAUUGGAGAAUGCGAUGUAGAUUCCUGGAUGCAAAUCUCAGAAUCGGAAGCUUGGGCAGGAUACGUGAAGUCGAUGAAGAAUUUUUAAGUAUUUCUGAGAAAGAAAAUGGUUUGUCGUCAAGGCCGUUGUCAAGGCGCGGAGUUCGUUUGAUUCAAGUGCAGCCCAAGGAGAAUGAAAUAUUGCAAGACGCUGUAGAAGCAGACGAUGUUAGGAGUUCUGAACUAUCAAAGGAAUGUUGUAUUGAGGAGCAUUGCAAAGACAGCUCUAAUGACUUGUGUGGUUUUUCUGAUGACUUGGAAAGCAUAAUAG